CAUUCAAUCGUGAGCAAUACCUUGUUUGGGAGUUGGUUGGCUGUGAUUCCCCACUGUCGCAAGAAAAUGGGCUGUCUUUUUCAAACCUAAUGAACUUUCGCUCAUGGAGUAAUUGACAGACGCAGCCAUUAUUUAAGCUUUUGACGAACAGAACAUAACCCAUAAGCUAUGGAACGAGCGCGGCGGUUGGCGAACAAGGCGGUGCUGAGGCGCCUUGUUUCAUCGUCGAAGCACCACCGUCAAAUCGACCCUCCAUUGUUCAAUUCCCCUGUUUUCUCUACUCCUUCGAGGUAUGUCUCUUCGCUGUCUUCUAAUUCGUUCUUGUGUCGACGCGCAAGAACGGAUUCAUUUCUUCAUCGGAAUGAUAUCGGAAUUGGGUCUCAAACCCGUUCGAUAUCCGUCGAGGCAUUGAAGCCAAGCGACACUUUUCCUCGCCGCCAUAACUCUGCAACCCCCGAAGAACAGAGCAAAAUGGCAGAGUUAUGUGGGUUUGAAAGCCUUGAUUCGCUCGUCGACGCCACUGUCCCCAAAUCGAUUAGGCUCCAAUCCAUGAAAUUCUCCAAGUUUGAUGAAGGGUUAACUGAGAAUCAAAUGAUUGAGCAUAUGCAAAACUUGGCCUCUAAGAACAAGAUUUUCAAAUCGUAUAUAGGGAUGGGGUAUUAUAAUACUUUUGUUCCUCCUGUUAUUUUGAGGAACAUAAUGGAGAAUCCUGCUUGGUAUACUCAGUACACGCCAUAUCAAGCUGAGAUUUCACAGGGCCGUCUUGAAUCUUUGCUUAACUAUCAAACAGUAAUUACAGAUCUCACUGGCCUCCCCAUGUCCAAUGCCUCGUUGCUUGAUGAAGGGACGGCAGCUGCUGAGGCUAUGGCAAUGUGUAAUAAUAUCCUCAAGGGGAAGAGGAAAACGUUCAUUAUCUUGAACAAUUGUCACCCGCAAACGAUCGAUAUUUGUGUUACUCGAGCGGCCGGGUUCGAUCUUAAAGUAGUGACUGCAGAUCUUAAGGAUAUUGAUUAUAAAUCUGGUGAUGUUUGUGGUGUUCUUGUUCAGUAUCCUGGCACUGAAGGGGAGGUUUUGGACUAUGGGGAGUUCAUUAAGAAUGCUCAUGCUAAUGGGGUUAAGGUUGUGAUGGCGACCGAUCUUUUGGCGUUGAUGAUGUUGAAGCCACCGGGUGAAUUAGGGGCCGAUAUCGUCGUUGGAUCUGCGCAGAGGUUCGGUGUUCCAAUGGGGUAUGGAGGUCCUCAUGCUGCCUUUUUGGCCACCUCUCAAGAGUAUAAGAGAAUGAUGCCAGGAAGAAUCAUCGGUGUUAGCGUCGAUUCUUCGGGUAAACCUGCGCUGCGUAUGGCGAUGCAAACUAGAGAGCAGCAUAUCAGGAGGGACAAGGCUACUAGCAACAUUUGUACUGCUCAGGCGUUGCUGGCGAACAUGGCUGCAAUGUACGCCGUGUAUCACGGACCGAAGGGCCUCAAGGCUAUUGCAGAGAGAGUUCAUGGCCUCGCCGGUGCUUUUUCGGUCGGACUGAAGAAACUAGGUGCUGCAGAAGUUCAAGGUCUUCCUUUCUUUGACACUGUAAAGGUUAAGGUUGCUGAUGCAAAUGCAAUUGCAGAUGCUGCUUACAAAAGUGGUAUUAAUAUACGAAUCGUCGACAAAAACACGAUCACUGUUGCUUUCGAUGAAACGACGACCUUAGAGGACGUUGAUAACCUUUUUUCAGUUUUCUUUGAUGGAAAACCAGUUCCGUUUACCGCUGCAUCUCUUGCUCCAGAGGUCGAGAAUGCAAUUCCUUCAGGGCUAGUGAGGGAAAGCUCGUACCUUACCCACCCGAUCUUUAACAUGUACCAUACAGAGCAUGAAUUGUUGAGGUACAUCCAGAGGUUGCAGUCGAAGGACCUUUCGCUGUGCCACAGUAUGAUUCCAUUGGGAUCUUGCACAAUGAAGCUAAACGCAACGACGGAGAUGAUGCCCGUAACAUGGCCCGGUUUCACCAACCUUCACCCUUUUGCUCCUAUUGACCAGUCUCAGGGAUAUCAGGAGAUGUUCAGUGAUUUGGGAGACCUGUUAUGUGCAAUAACUGGGUUUGAUUCUUUCUCGUUGCAACCAAAUGCUGGUGCGGCUGGAGAGUAUGCUGGCCUUAUGGUUAUCUAUGCUUACCACAUGGCAAGAGGAGACCACCACCGCGACGUGUGCAUCAUUCCGCUAUCAGCACACGGGACCAACCCCGCAAGUGCAGCUAUGUGUGGAAUGAAGAUCGUAUCGGUUGGAACCGAUUCAAAGGGAAACAUCAACAUUGCAGAGCUGAAGAAGGCUGCAGAAGCCAACAAGGACAAUCUAUCAGCACUCAUGGUUACAUAUCCUUCCACACAUGGAGUGUAUGAAGAAGGCAUUGAUGAGAUUUGUAAGAUCAUUCAUGAGAAUGGAGGCCAAGUCUAUAUGGAUGGAGCCAACAUGAAUGCCCAGGUGGGUCUAACAAGCCCAGGUUGGAUUGGAGCUGAUGUUUGCCAUCUCAAUCUCCACAAAACAUUUUGCAUUCCACAUGGAGGAGGUGGCCCUGGCAUGGGCCCUAUUGGUGUCAAGAAGCAUUUAGCACCAUUUUUGCCCUCUCAUCCUGUGAUACCUACUGGAGGCAUUCCUACUCCCGACAAUGCACAGCCUCUCGGUACCAUAGCUGCUGCACCAUGGGGUUCUGCUCUUAUUCUCCCAAUAUCUUACACUUACAUAGCCAUGAUGGGGUCUGAGGGCCUUACCAACGCAUCUAAGAUCGCCAUUCUGAACGCUAACUAUAUGGCCAAACGUUUAGAGAACCAUUACCCCGUUCUCUUCCGUGGUGUCAAUGGAACAGUUGCCCAUGAAUUCAUCAUCGACUUGAGAGGCUUCAAGCAAACUGCUGGAAUAGAGCCUGAAGACGUUGCUAAGCGUCUAAUGGACUAUGGUUUCCAUGCACCCACCAUGUCAUGGCCUGUCCCAGGCACGCUCAUGAUCGAACCCACAGAAAGUGAAAGCAAGGCGGAGUUGGACAGAUUCUGUGAUGCCCUUAUUUCGAUCAGAGAAGAAAUUACCCAGAUUGAGAAAGGAAAAGCUGAUAUCAACAACAAUGUCCUGAAGGGUGCACCUCAUCCACCAUCUCUGCUAAUGGGAGAUGCAUGGACAAAGCCAUACUCUAGGGAAUAUGCAGCUUUUCCAGCUUCCUGGCUCAGGGCUUCCAAGUUCUGGCCAUCUACAGGACGUGUUGACAAUGUGUACGGUGAUCGCAACCUGAUUUGCACCCUACAACCAGCGAACCAGGUUGUCGAGGAAGCAGCAGCAGCCACUGCUUAG